AUGGAUGACUAAUUGUCUGAAAAAUUAAGUAGAGCAUAAUCAAAUUUAAGCUUUCAUGCCAUUGUUAACAAUACUAACCUCUUGAAUGAAACAUAAGAAUAAAUACCCUAUGCUUCAAAACUACCUCCAUAGGCAUUGGGUGCCAUAUAUGUCUUAUGUUAAUUAUUGCAAUUAAUGAUUGCAUACUCAUUAAUUUAAAAUAUUGACGCAAUCACUAUUGCUACUUAAAGAUGUAUCGUUAAUGUAAUCAUAACCUUGAUGUAUAUACAAUUUUUCGACAAACGCCUUUUUCAGCUAGACCAAUCAUGUAUAAGAGUGAUAGGAGCAAUGGCAGGAUGUCAAGUCAUAGCAUCUUUAAUUGGAUUUUGGGCAAUGUAUGAUGCUAGUUAAUUUAGGUUUCACUUUCCCUUUUCUGAAAUAUGUGCUUUUCAUUAAUUGACUCCAGGCUAUAUUUAGGUUUUCAACCACUUACUAUAUUCAGCAGGAAAUCAAAUAAACUUGCUCAUUUCCUUAGUGCAAACCAUAUCAACCCUGUUAUUUGGUCAAAACCUAUUGUUUGUUCUCGUUUGCCUUCUCUAACCAGCAUGUUUGGCAUUCUCUCACGUGAUUAAAUUUCUGAUGAACAAAUAACUUCCCUUCUUUACUUUGAUGCUAUACUAAAGUCUUUUCGGUCUACCUGUUUACAUAUUACUAAAUCUUAUGACAUAAGAAGUGUAAAAUAUAUUUUCUGGAGCUUAUUUUCUGUAAUUUUUAGUUUGGUUUAUUUUUAGGGAAAUAACUUUCAUGACUAUUUUAUAAAUGAUUGCCUACAUCGCUUAGAAUGAGAUUCAAGCCUAGAAAUCAAUAGAAAUGUGGGUUCUACCUGGAGCAGUCACUUUAUUAUCUAUAUUUGUUUAAGUAGGAUACUAUUAGAUUGAUCUGAAUUUUGGUACUCUUUCUAUCAUUUUUAUUGUUUUUACUUCAAUUAGCAAAGAGAGAUGA